AUGCUGAAGCCCAAGCAAUAUGUGAAGCUCGCGCAAUCGCUGCCACCGCAGCUCCGAAACUUUUUCGCCCGUUACCCAACUCGAGCCAUCCUCCCAGAGGUCACGGCUGUCAACACGACUUCACAUGCGGCGAUAUCAGAAGCUAUCGAGAAAGCUUCAAGGCCAGUUCAACGUCCAGUUGUGACCGAAGAGACAUCGCCAUUCAAACCUCAUAAGCAUCCAAUUACUGGGAAAUGGCAUGACCCGGUGUUCUCUCUGAGACGGCAGGCGCAAUUGUGCAAGCUUGCACGACAACAUGGGGUGGAGGAACUUUUACCACUCUCUGCGAAGAGCAUGGAGGAGAAAUUACGUAAGAGGAUGGAGAAUGGAUUGAGGGUAAAGGGUACAGGUGUUGGACAGAGAGUCAAGGGAAAGGAAUCCGAGAGAACAUUGAAGGCGAGAUUGGAGAAGAGAAGAAAGGCUAUGUUAGAGAUGCCACAGAUGAUACAGACAUGGAAAGAGAGAGGUCAUGGUCGUGGAUGGAAGAAGUGGCCAAAAUAG